UUAGUCCCCGGAAACAGCAGCAGAGUGAGACCUCCUGCCGCUCCUCCUCUGGGUGUCUCCGCCCUACACGGUGUUUCCUCAGGUGGAGUCAGCAGCAGGAGGACGGAGGACUGUGACGGAUCUGACCGUGUUUUCGGGCCUCUCCUACGCGGAACAAAUCAUGGAAGUAACUUCAAACUUACCCGGAGUUUACUGAAAGUUUGACUCAACGCUUCAGCAAUGAGGAGCCGAGAAUACAGGACACAGGAGAGGAUCUUUGGUGCCUGGUUGUGACACUGUGGAUUACGUUGAAUCCGUCCAGGUGUGGCUGCUGUUCUUACCUGUGGCUGCAGGUUUGACUGAAUAUCGCUGAGUUUUCUUACUUUGGGGCAGUUUGAGGCGUUUGCAGCUGGUCAGGAUGCCGGAACUCAUCACUGUGCAAGAGUUUAUCUCGGAGACCAAUGAGGACUACAAAGCUCCAACCACCUCCAACUUCACCACACGGAUGCCGCACUGCAGGAACGCGGUGGCAGCUCUGGAAGAGGCUCUGGACGUGGACAGAUCCGUUCUCUACAAGAUCAAGAAGUCGGUGAAGGCCAUCAACUCAUCUGGUCUGAACCAUGUGGAGAAUGAGGAGCAGUACAUCCAGUCCAUGGAGAAGUUUGGAGACUGUGCCGGCAGGGAGAGCAUCGAAGUCGGCUCGGCUUUCCGAACAUUCGCCCUUUAUACCAAAGAGCUGACAGCUCUCUUCAAAAACCUGCUGCAGAACAUGAACAACAUCAUCACGUUUCCUCUGGACAGUCUGCUGAAAGGAGACCUGAAGGGAGUCAAAGGGGAUCUGAAGAAGCCGUUUGAUAAGGCCUGGAAAGAUUACGAGACCAAGCUAGCAAAGAUAGAGAAGGAGAAGCGGGAGCACGCCAAGCAGCAUGGGAUGAUCCGUACAGAGUUCAGUGGUGGAGAGAUCGCAGAGGAGAUGGAGAAGGAGAGACGGCUCUUCCAGCUGCAGAUGUGUGAGUAUCUCCUAAAAGUAAACGAGAUCAAAGUGAAGAAAGGCGCCGAUUUCCUGCAGAACCUCAUCAAAUUUUUCCACGCUCAGUGCAAUUUCUUCCAGGACGGUCUGAAGGCUGUGGAAAGUAUGAAACCCUUCGUAGAAAAGCUGGCUACAGAGCUGACAGCGAUUAAACAGACUCAGGAUGGAGAGAGGAAACAGCUGAUUCAGCUUCGAGACGUCCUAAAGACCUCACUGCAGUCCGAGCAGAAAGAAGACCCUCAGGCCAAACAGAACUCUGGGUACAGCCUCCACCAGCUACAGGGAAACAAAGCUCACGGCACCGAGCGCUCAGGAUUCCUCUUUAAGAAAAGUGAGGGGCUGAGGAAAGUGUGGCAGAAGAGGAAGUGCUCGGUAAAGAACGGUUUUCUGACGAUCUGUCACGGCACGGCUAACAGACCUCCAGCCAAACUAAACCUGCUCACCUGCCAAGUGAAGAGGAACCCAGAGGAGAAGAAGAGCUUUGACCUGUUCUCACAUGACAGAACUUACCACUUCCAGGCAGAGGAUGAAGCUGAGUGUCAGAUUUGGGUGUCGGUGCUGCAGAACAGUAAAGAGGAGGCGCUGAACAAGGCGUUUAAAGGCGACCAGAACGAAGGAGAGAACAACAUCGUACAGGAGCUGACCAAAGCCAUCGUAGGAGAGGUGAAGAGGAUGAGCGGCAACGACGGCUGCUGUGACUGUGGAGCUCCAGCUCCCACCUGGCUGUCCACCAACCUCGGGGUGCUGAUCUGCAUCGAGUGCUCAGGGAUCCACAGGGAGAUGGGCGUCCACUACUCCAGGAUCCAGAGUCUGGACUUGGAUGUUCUCGGGACAUCCGAGCUGCUGCUUGCCAAGAACGUAGGAAACGCCAGCUUCAACGAGAUCAUGGAGGCCGACCUGUCAUCACAGGGCGUUACGAAGCCUGAUCCCAGCAGCGACAUGCAGAUGAGAAAAGACUACAUCACGGCCAAGUACACAGAGAAGCGUUUCGCUCAGCGGCUGUGUACGGACGCCGCGUCCAGGCUGCAGACUCUGUACGAGGCGGUCAGGAACAGAGACAUCCUAUCUCUGAUUCAGGUCUACGCUGAGGGCGUGGAUCUGAUGGAGGCGAGCUCACAGCCCAACGAACACGAACCUGGGGAGACUGUGCUCCAUUUGGCGGUCCGGAUGGGUGACAGAAACUCCCUCCACAUCGUCGACUUCCUCGCUCAGAACAGUGGUAACCUGGACAAGCAGACUGCAGGAGGAAGCACGGCGCUGCAUUACUGCUGUCUGACGGACAACAGCGAGUGUCUCAAGCUGCUGCUCAGAGGAAAAGCUUCAGUUUCAAUCACUAACGAAGCUGGAGAGACGCCGCUGGACAUCGCCAAACGCCUCCGACACUCUCAGUGUGAAGAGCUGCUGACUCAGGCUCAGACAGGAAAGUUUAACGUCCAUGUCCACGUGGAGUACGAGUGGCGUCUCCAAAAUGAGGACCUGGACGAGAGCGAGGACGAGAUGGAGGACAAGCCGAUUCCAAACCGGCGUGAAGAGCGUCCGGUCAGCUGCUUCGUGCCGGGCAGCGGCCCCAUACAGCCCAACAUGGCGUCACUGGCUCGAGAUGCUGCCUUCCUGGCGCGGGACAAACAGAGGCCUCAGGUCCCCAGCAUGAUGAUCAGCAACGAGACGUACGGUACCAUGAUGGACCUCAACCUGCCGCCACUCGGACCCACGCCCCCGCUGCCCCCAAGGGUGCCCAACAGAGGUUCAGGACACGGUAAACCAGCUGCCAUGGAAACAGUGGGUAGACAGCGGUCAUCUUCAGACCCCCCCAACCCUCAAACCCCUGAGAGGAACAGCUCCAUGUAUGUGCUCCCAGCAGCCCCUCCUGCUCCCCCACUAAACAAGAGGUCCAGCAUGGUGGACCCCAAGACAGUGUCGGCGAAGAAUACUCCCCUCCCUCCUCUCCCUCCACCACCAGCAUCAACACUCCCCCCAGCACCGUCAGCACCCACCAUCCCACCACCGCCCCACUACAAAGCUCCACCACUCCCACCACCACCCAUCCCCAGUCACCAGCCCAGCCGGCCGCCUGGACCCAAGUCUCCAAAAUCCCCUACUGGAUCACUGAAGAAUCCUCCUCAGAGACCUCCAGUCAGGACUCCAUCCAUGGACAAACGAGCGUCACUGUCCAAAUCCCCUGUGAGCCCUUCUCCUCCAACACCAAAACCCAGAAGCGCGUAUUCAAAGCAGAAGCCUCAGAGGGUGAAGGCCAUCUACAACUGUUCAGCUGAUAAUCCAGACGAGCUGACGUUCAGUGAGGGGGAGGUGAUUGUGGUGGAGGGGGAGGAGGACAACGAGUGGUGGGUUGGUCACAUUGAAGGAGAGCCAACCAGGAGAGGAGUGUUUCCUGUCACCUUUGUUCACUUCAUCACUGAGUGACGCACUCGUGAAACAUAAAUAUACUCAAAGUGAACCUCUGGAGACCUGAACCGGACUGAAACUAAACACUGAAGCUGCUUUUUCUUCCUCCUCAAAGCUUCAUGCAAACUUUUCCUCUCAGGAUGUUCUAAACUCAAAGAGUUGGAGAUGAAUUCUUCAGGAUUUACCUUUGGAUAUCUGUUUUUUUCUUUUCCCCCCACUCCUUGUUCAAACUCUUAAAACUUUACUGGACAUUAAAGGCAAGUUGACAAAGUUUAAGAACAACCCCCUAAAAAAUCAGUCAGUUUGUUAAAAAAACGAUCCAUCAGGUCUAAAACAUGAACUGAAAUGUGAAUAUUUUGUCACUCAGGAGCAUCAGCAACAUCAAAAGUGGGCCUGAGCUUGGAUAGUUGUCUGGGUACUUAAAACGCUUUUUACCCUGUGGGUCAGACUUAACCGUUCAUGUUUACACACCUAUGAUGCAGGAGUAGUUUGGGUUUAAGUGUCCUGCCCAAGGACAGAUCAGCAUGUGACUGCAGGAGUUGGAGAUUGACCUUCUGGUUCAGGGAUGCUCGACCUUCACAGCUGCCUCCCUUCCCUUUGAGGCUGUUGUAGACUAUCGCAAUGAUUUCAUGGAUUUAACUACUGAAACCUACUGAGAGGAACGCUCCAGCACACCUUCAUAUUUUAAAUAGAUAAUGCAUUGGGCUGGACUGACUCCACCUGCCGCGGUGUUUGACUCCUCUAAUCGCUGCAGCCUCACGGUUGAACAUCAGGAGGAAAGACUAAAAGCAGCAGCGAUGUUUCAUCGUUACAUUUGGAGCUGUCCGCUCACGUUUGGCCACAUGGGUUGAAUGAUUCUGUUCUCAAACUUUCUGCUGCUGGAAUCAAACCUGGGAUGCUACAGCCCCCAAAAAACACUUGUAUCUGUUUUUAAAAUGUUUUGACAAACCUACAGAAAAGAAUUUUAUAUUUUAAAUGUUGGCUGAAGGGGAAUUGUGUUUAUGUUUAUAAGAGGAGGCUUAAAUAUCUUUGUCAACCUUUAUUUUUGUGAACUCUUACUCUCUUAUAAUGCACAUCAUUA